AUGGCCUCUGCCCUUCGAUCGCGUUUGAAUGUCAGGCCCGCUGCCUGCUUCAGAGCGACGCGCUCCUUCAGCACUGCCUCUGUCCGCCGUGGCCCCCAGCCCUUCGUCGCGGACGAGCCCAAAGCCCCUUCAGUACAAACUGCCAUUCCCGGCCCGAAGAACCAAGCUGCAGCCAAGGAGCUCGAUGAGGUUUUUGACAUUCGCAGCUUGAACCUCCUCGCUGAUUAUUCCAAGUCGGUGGGAAACUAUCUUGUUGACCUUGACGGCAAUGUUUUCCUCGAUGUUUAUGCACAGAUUGCCUCCAUCCCCGUGGGUUACAAUAACCCUCAUCUUGCUAAGGCUGCGAACACCCCGGAAAUGAUCCGAGCUCUCAUUGACAGGCCCGCUCUUGGAAACUUCCCUUCUGCAGACUGGUCUCAUAUUGUCAGGACUGGUCUUCUCAAGGCCGCUCCCAAGGGUCUCAACCAGGUUUUCACCGCUCUUUCUGGCUCUGAUGCCAACGAGACCGCCUACAAGGCUGCUUUCAUGUAUCGUCGCCAGCAGGAGCGUGGCGGACCUGAUGUCGACUUCUCCGAAGCAGAAUACAAGUCUGCCAUGAUCAACCAGAGCCCUGGCUCCCCACAACUGUCUAUCAUGUCCUUCAAAUCAGCUUUCCAUGGUCGUCUCUUCGGCAGUUUGUCCACAACCCGAAGCAAGCCAAUCCACAAACUCGACAUUCCUGCCUUUGACUGGCCACAGGCCCCAUUUCCCGCUCUCAAGUACCCUCUGGAAGAGCAUGUGAAAGAGAACGCCGAGGAGGAGCAGCGCUGCCUCCAGGAAGCCGAACGCAUCAUCAAAGAGUUCCACAACCCCGUCGCCGCUGUUGUCGUCGAGCCUAUCCAAUCCGAGGGUGGUGACAACCAUGCCUCUCCCGCUUUCUUCCAAGGACUUCGCGAUAUCACUAAGCGUAACAACGUUCUUUUCAUCGUUGACGAGGUCCAGACUGGCGUUGGUGCCACUGGAAAGUUCUGGGCUCACGACCACUGGAACCUGCAAUCACCCCCCGACCUGGUCACCUUCUCUAAGAAGGCUCAAACUGCUGGUUACUACUAUGGCAACCCGGCUUUACGCCCCAACAAGCCAUACCGCCAAUUUAACACCUGGAUGGGUGACCCGGCCCGCGCCAUCCUGUUCCGCGCCAUCUACGAGGAAAUCGAAAGCAAGGACCUGGUUAGAAACACUGCUAUCACUGGUGACUACCUCUACGGUGGCCUUGAGAGUCUUGCUAAGAAGUAUCCCCACGCAAUCCAAAACCUUCGUGGCAAGGGCCAGGGAACAUUCAUUGCCUGGGACUCUCCUAACCGCGACGAAUUCCUCGUGAAGGCCAAGUCUGUCGGCGUCAACAUUGGCGGAAGCGGAGCCAGUGCUGUUCGUUUACGGCCAAUGUUGAUCUUCCAGCAACAUCAUGCCGAUAUUCUCCUUGAGAAACUGGAGACUCUCAUCAAAGCUUAA